CCGACUCUCCAUUGGCUCUGUCUCGGUGGAGGAAGAGGGCGGAGAACUUUUUCUCUCCUCUCAGGACGUAUUCUGGAGGGGAAAGGAGGAGAAACCGGCCGAUUGCUCAACUUCCCGGCUGGGCAGAAAGUAACUCCUCCUCCCCAAAGUCACAGGACCGGACACUUUGAGUGAGGAACGUGGAGAGUGAGCGAUGGCGGUGGCGCUGCGGCUGGUCCUGUUGGCCGCGCUGCUGAAGAAGGCUGAAUCUCCACCUUUGCGAUGUAAUGAUGGAGAAUAUCCUUAUAAUGGUCAACGUUGUUGCAAGAUGUGCCGUGCAGGUACUUACGUUGAAGAAGCCUGUACCAUUCCACAUACUUUGGGGCACUGUUCACCUUGCACAAACGGAGAGGAUUACACUGAGCAUGAAAGUGGCCUUAAUCAAUGUUUUCCUUGUGAGAAAUGCAAACCUGGAUACGUCAUGGUGAAAGCCUGCACUGCUACAAGCAACACAAAAUGCCAGUGCCCUGAAGGGUACUACUGUCCCCCAGGCUGUGAGGAAUGUGUCAAGUGCAGGAAACGGUGUCCUAAAGGAGAGGUGCAGGUCAAAAGUUGCAGUAGCACCACAGACAUGGAGUGUUCACCAUCUUCCACAGGAACUACAGACUCUGCACACCCAAUGGGUAUCAUCAUUACUGUGGUCUUCAGUGUGAUCGGGAUUGGGAUCGUGAUCAUGAUCGCCAUCCUCUUCAAAUUUAGAAAGAGAAACUCACUCUCUACACUGGAAAGAGUAAAGGAAUCCAAGUCUUUGAUAUCUGUAAAUAGUGAUGCUCCAAACACUAAUCCUGAGAUGCCUGGACUGAGAAAUAAGGGAUCCCAGAAUGAGGAGAGCAGCAAUUUGAUGGUUGGCAGCACAAGUGAAGGAUCUGACCCUAGAAAAGCCCCAUCAGCUCCAAUGCUGCAGCAGUCAGAGAACCCUGCCUUUCCAAGUGUGCCACCAAACAUACCUAAAAAACCUGUGGUGAAACUAAUAGAUGGUUAUUCAAAAACAGAACUCAACAGGAUUUAUUUUAACUUGAGGAACAUGGUACUUCUACACGACUGGUCUGAACUUAUGAGGAAGUGUGGCUUAACUAAUAACGACAUUGAAACCUUAAAGUUUGACCAUCCUCGUGAUAUAAAUGAAGCACAUUAUCAGAUGUUAUUAACUUUACAGAAUCGAAAGGGAAUUGAUGGUGCUUUACGUAAAUUAUUAGAUGGGCUGUGGGAAUUGAAGCUUAUGAGUAUUUAUGAAAAUGUAACAAAUGAAUUAAUACACCAUAAAAUAAUAACAAGGGAAACCAGAGACUGAUGUCUUGAGUUUGUUAAAAACAUGUGAGGUCAGAACCGCUAAACUGCAUCCUAUAUGACCUUACUUUAAUGCAUGUUACUUUUUCCUCAGGAUGAGUAAAUAGAAAACACAGCUGUUAAAACAAGUAUGGGUUUCAAUAUGUCUGGAGAUUGGGCUGAUUCAUAUUUGUAUAUGUGUAUUUUUAUAACAUCUGAUCUUGGUAGUGACUGUAUUUGGAACAUCUGUGAAUUACUUGAGGAUGCUCUCCAAGUAAGCCUGUGCAGUAUUUAAAAAUCUCAAUUUGUUUGUCACCCUUUUUGAGAAACAGUUGAAAAAUGAGUGUCCAUGGUGCAAGGUGAAGAUACUUUAUAUACUAUCUUGAUAGGAAUAAAGUUGCUAGACUUAAAAUGUGCCACAGAAAUGACUGUGGCUUGACAUGGCUGUGUUGUCGAGGUUGGAGGUGGAACAUCCUCAAUAAAAUAUAUUAUGAACAUGUUUCAGAGAAAUGCAGUAGGCUUUUACAUGAACUAUGUCAUGUUCUUGCUAACAUUCAGUAGGCUGAAAGCAAUAUAAAAGUUUUUACUUUGUAGCCAGAACCCUAAAUACAUUUUUCCUGCAACUAUGAUCUCCAUUAUAAUUAAGAGAACCUUGCCACAUUGAAUUGUAGAAAAGUUAUGGAUUGGGGUAUUUAUUAAAUUCUGUGCUUUUCAAACAAAAUCUUGGAAUCAUAAUGUUUGAAUUUUUACAACUUUUUAUACCACUUGCAAUUUUUUAAAUAAAAAACCCUUUCAAGUUAA